AUGAUCGUCACAUUGUCUGUGCCCAUCCCGCUGUCACUGUUCCGCAGACCCAGAAGAGACGCUUCUCAGAUCACUCUCAGACCUCACGAUGGACAGAUAAACACAAAUGCACCCUUGAUCCUGGUUAGCUGGCCUAAUUACUUCUCUCUCUCUGUAGUUCCAGGAGAUCUUGGGAAUCAGCUUGAAGCAAAACUUGAUAAACCUAGUGUAGUGCACUACAUCUGCUACAAGAAGACAGAGGACUACUUCACAUUAUGGCUCAACCUGGAGCUGCUGGUGCCGGUGGCCAUUGACUGCUGGAUUGAUAACAUGAGGCUACUGUACAAUCACUCAACCCACCUCACUGAAGCUCCUCCGGGGGUGGAUGUCCGAGUGCCUGGUUUUGGACAGACAUAUAGUUUGGAAUAUCUGGAUCCUAGCAAACGGAGUGUGGGCAUGUACUUCUUCACUAUAGUACAGGCAUUGGUUGACUGGGGUUAUACCAGAGACGAUGAUGUCCGAGGUGCCCCCUAUGACUGGCGUAAAGCCCCAAAUGAGAAUAAGGAGUACUUCUUGCGUCUGCAGCAGAUGAUUGAGGAGAUGGCUAAUAAAGCUGGUGGUCCUGUGGUUCUCAUCGCACACAGUAUGGGGAAUAUGUACACACUCUAUUUUCUUAAUCACCAGCCACAGGCUUGGAAGGACCGGUACAUCAAGGCAUAUGUGUCUUUAGGUCCUCCAUGGGCCGGAGUGGCCAAAACUCUGAGAGUUAUGGCAACAGGUGACAACAACCGCAUUCCUGUCAUCAGUCCUCUAAAAAUUCGCACCCAGCAGCGAACGGCCGUCUCCACCGUCUGGCUUUUCCCCUACGCCCACACCUGGCCCAAAGACAUGGUCCUGGUUUCCACCCCCAACACCAGCUACACUGUCCAAGACUAUCAGCGCUUCUUCAAAGAUAUCAACUACGAGGACGGCUGGGCUAUGAGGCAGGACACAGAACCGCUGGUCAGUGCACUUCAGCCUCCGGGCGUUCCUGUCCACUGCCUUUAUGGCAGCGGAAUCCCCACACCUCAGGGAUACAAUUACACAAACUUCCCAGACGUAGAUCCCACCGUCAUCAACGGGGAUGGAGACGGAACGGUCAACCUGUUGAGUGCGACACAAUGCAAACGCUGGAUGGGCCAACAGAAGCAGCCUGUUAACAUGUUCGAGCUGCCUGGGAAUGAGCACGUUGCCAUGCUGUUGAACAUAACUACGGUUAAGUACAUCAAAAAGGUGCUGUUUUCACCGUGAUGGCAUCACACUUCCCUUGUUUAACUUUGAACUGAAGAUUGUGGUUUGCCAAAGGUACAAGACUCGGUUCUGCUUUUUGGGUGAGAUGGGUCACUUCUAGAGGAUGUACAUUAUCUAAAUUCGUUUAAUUCAGGUUUAUCAGGAGAUCAGCGUGAAAUAGUCAUCUAUUGUUGGGCACAAUCAACAUUUAUAGAAAUUGUAUUUUUUAUUUUUUUUUACUGAUUAAUUCAAAUCUAACAAUUUAAUAUUAUAGAGGUUUUAAUGCACAAAUUACAGUUGAUUCAUGUGAAAAACAAUUGCCUGCCAUUAAACAUUUUUAAAUAUUGUCCGUUUUUAAUCUCUUACCUCCUACUUCUUAAAAUCUACUGAUUUUUACCUAGUGCUUAUUUUUUAUGCAUUUUCUAUCCAAAUUGUACUGACGCUGCAGUAUUUCUGUCGAACAAGCUAGAGGCUAUUUAUCAGGCUGUCUGUGACCAGUAUUGAUUUAUGGUUUAUUAAGAGAU